UCAAAAAUAUUUAUUAAAAAAAGAGAAGAAUAAAAAAGAAAAAAAAGAAAAAAAGAAAAAGAAAGAAACAUCUGUUGAAUCAACCAAUGAAGGGGGGUGAAGUUCCACGCAGCGCCCACCAGGCGCCGCUGUUCCCAAGCCUAGGCUCGCUCAGCGACUCCGCAGGGUGAAUCUCAACUCCAGCCCCGCCUCAGGGUCGCACCUCACGUCUUCUCUUCCAAUCUGCAGCGUGGCUCGGCCUCCUGCCUCAUCGCAAGGCUGCCGCUCUGCCAGUGGAGUCCAGUCAACCCCGCAGCCACUUGCACAACUUUUCCUAUCAGCAGUUCUGACCACCUUCCUCCACUUCCUGUUGGGUUCCCGGGACAGGUUCCUGAUGACUCUUACCUCUGGGCCUUUGCGGCCCCCUCUGCCUGGAAUGUCCUUUCAUUAGAAAACUCAUGUAGUACUUAGCUCCACUUCUUCCUGGGGGCAUACCACUUAAUCACUCCAUGCCUCAGUUUCCCCCGAUGCAGAGGCUGGACAGAGAGGCUUUGUCCAAGAAUAGUUCAGGGCCAGGAAUUAGAAAAUCUGAAAGGCAAUGGGGAGCCAUAGAGGGUGUUUGAGCAGGAGAGUGUCCUCAGAUGUAAGGAAGGACAGAGCCUCCUCCCCUUUGCCCCUGGAUCUUUCUAGAAGGGUCUUAGGGGGUUGGAAUGAGAGACUCUAGCUGUGGCCAGCUCAGACCCCACUUGCUGGGCUCCCGGGGGCUGGACAAGCAGGUCUCCCUCCCCCCAUACUCUCCUGGUGGGGCUGUUUGCUCUCCAGUGAUGUCCCUGAGUCUGGGGCAGCCCACAGCACCUGCUCCCUUGGCAGACACAGGUGCGGGGACACCCCUGGAGGGAAAGCCACAAGCUGCAGGCUGGGGGCCUGGGUGUCACCUUUACGGAAGCGCUGGUGACUACCUUCACCGAGGGAAGUUCCACACGGCUGAUGAGGCUCACGUGGGACUCACCGGGGAGACAGCGUCCAGAGCAGUUGGUUGAAUCCAUGGAUAUGGAACCUGAGGAUACAGAGGAAUGAUGGACUUCUCAGAGCCUUCAAUGUACUUUGUGAUUCUCCUAACCUACCUAAGGAAUAAGUCUCUAUUUCUAGGUUCAGUCAUCCUUCUGUCUCCCUCUGGAUUUCCAAGAAUCUUACCUUGGAACUCCAGCCGAACUGAGCCCUGGGCUUGCCUGCUGACCUUCUCAACGGUUCUCCAAGCAGCCAUGGAUGUGGGUUUCUUGGGCCUGCCAGAUGUGUCUCAGAGUCAUAGCAAGACCUUGUGGGGGGCUCGGGGCAGGGGCCCCAGCAUACGUCGCCAGCGGGAGUUCAUGCCAGAAGAGAAGAAGGACACAGUUUACUGGGAGAAGCGGAGAAAGAACAAUGAGGCAGCCAGGAGAUCCAGGGAAAAGCGACGUCUCAAUGAUGCAGCCAUUGAGGGCAGGUUGGCUGCACUGAGGGAGGAGAAUGCCCUGCUCAGGGGUGAGCUGAAGGCGCUCAAGCUUCGUUUUGGCCUCCUGCCCCUGACUGGUGGGCCCCGGGCCGUGCCCCUGCAGGCCCUGCUAUGGGAAGCCCCCUGGACUGGGGACCCCCGGCCUGGGGCUGAAGCACUGUCAUCCUUGUCUGGCUCUCACAGUUGCCUUUUAAGGCCAUGUUCCCUGGAUGCUGGGAUUCCAGGAUGUCGGGGCUGCCUGCUGGCUCCCAGAUGGACUGGCUUGGCCAAUUCUCCUAGGUCCCCCCAAGAGUCUGCACCUCCUACCCUCAACAGAAUUGACAUGGACUUGCACACUGCCCUCCCACCUGCCCUCUUCAGCUGUCACCUCUUGGAUGGGCAUGUAGGGUCCAGACCAGAGCUCAGACCCUGCUGGGGGCUGUGGUCACCAAUGCCCUCUGGAUGCCAGGCUUCAGGGCCAUCAGAUGUGUUGCUGACACCCACUGCUGAUCCCAUGGGUCUGUCUCCUGGGGUGACCUGCCCUGUCCCAGGGAACAGUCAUGAGGGUCUGGGUCAGCCCUCUCUGCCCCACAAACUGCGCAUCAAAUCCCGAGCCUCAGGCAGGGUACCUUGUGGCUGGGAGGGUGGUCAGGCCCCACUCUGACGGCUUCCUCUGGGAAGGACUAGGCUUGCAAGGGAGUGUUUGGGGGCUGAAUAUAGGUUGGUCUGAGGGAUGAGCAGCUUGGCCUUGAUUAGCAAUCUGGGAAGGCCUGUAGGAAGUAGGGGCGCCCUGGCUUGGAGGGUCCACUUCACAGCUUCCAUACCAAACCUCCCAGGGGAGGAGAAUGGGAGCCCAUCUUGGAUUCUACUAUGGCUCUUGCCUUGCCCUAACAUCUAUGCUUUGGGUUGUCACUUUUCCCUUUCUUUCUCCUUUCCAUUUGUCCAUUCUUCCCUAUAUCCAUCCAUCCAUUCAUCUAUUCAUCCUCAUUUAUUCAUCCAUUCAUUCAUUCAUCAAUCCUCAUCCAUCCAUCCAU